AUGGGAACAGACCAGCGCGACGGCCGCCUCGAUGCCGCUGUGGCCCUGGCCAGCUCCUCUCGCCUCCCUCUCCUUCCCAUCCUCUUCUGUCAUUUUAGUGAGAACCGCUGCUCUAGAGAGAGUGACAGCUAGGGUCACAUCAGACUUCCUUCACCUCUGCCUUCCCUCCCUCAGCUACAGCGACUAAAGCAGUUCAGGAAGGGGUCUAUGGAGACAAAGGAGGCGGAGGAGCUUCCCCCCGAGCCCCAGGCCAAUGGAGAGGCAGUGGGGGCCGGGGGUGGGCCCAUCUACUACAUCUACGAGGAAGAGGAGGAGGAGGAAGAAGAGGAAGAAGAGUCACCUCCAGAACCUCCUAAGCUUGUCAAUGAUAAGCCCCACAAAUUCAAGGAUCAUUUCUUCAAGAAGCCCAAGUUCUGUGAUGUCUGUGCCCGGAUGAUUGUGCUCAACAACAAAUUUGGGCUUCGCUGUAAGAACUGCAAAACCAACAUCCACGACCACUGCCAGCCCUACGUGGAGAUGCAGCGGUGCUUCGGCAAGAUUCCCCCUGGUUUCCGCCGGGCCUAUAGUUCCCCACUCUACAGCAACCAGCAGUACGCUUGUGUCCAAGAUCGCUCUGCUGCUAAUCGCAACGACCCUGUGUUUGAAACCCUGCGCACAGGGGUGAUCAUGGCAAACAAGGAACGGAAAAAGGGACAGGCAGAUAAGAAAAAUCCUAUAGCAGCCAUGAUGGAGGAGGAGCCAGAAUCAGCCCGGCCAGAGGAAGGAAAGCCCCAAGUUGGAAACCCUGAAGGGAAUAAGAAGGCCGAGAAGAAGUCACCAGAUGACAAACACAAGCAGCCCGGCUUCCAGCAGUCUCACUACUUUGUGGCUCUGUACCGGUUCAAAGCCCUGGAGAAGGAUGAUCUGGAUUUCCCGCCUGGAGAGAAGAUCACUGUGGUUGAUGACUCCAACGAGGAGUGGUGGCGGGGGAAAAUUGGGGAGAAGAUCGGAUUUUUCCCACCAAACUUCAUCAUUCGGGUCCGUGCUGGGGAGCGUGUGCACCGCGUGACGAGAUCUUUUGUGGGGAACCGUGAGAUAGGGCAGAUCACUCUCAAGAAGGAUCAGAUCGUGGUGCAGAAAGGAGACGAAGCCGGUGGCUAUGUCAAAGUCUACACCGGCCGCAAGGUGGGGCUGUUCCCCACCGACUUCUUGGAGGAGAUUUAGGGGUGCUGAUGCCUGCAGGCCAGAGAUACACCUUCCCCAUUCUGGGCGGACCUAGUUGAGGUUGGGAAGGAAAGGGGCAAAGGCAACUGGA